AUUUCUCGUUUUGUUUGCUAAUGCUUCGCUGUCAUUCAUAAUAUAUACAUAUAUAUAUAUUUAUAUAUGUAUGUAUGUAUGCAUAAAGGAAACGCUUUUGUGUUUACGACAGGAGCUCAUCUUUAUCCUUUGCAACCAAUGACCUGCACUGUGCAAACACUCGGGUGAGAAAGAAUGAGUUACGGUAGCUCAGAUAUAGGUUCUGGUAGUGGAACCGCCACAAGGACAUUCGAGUUUGGAAGGACUCAUGUGAUCAGGCCCAAAGGGAUGCACCAGGCCACUAUUGUUUGGCUGCAUGGCCUUGGUGACAAGGGCUCAAGCUGGUCCCAGCUCUUGGAAACUCUUCCUCUUCCAAAUAUAAAAUGGAUUUGCCCCACAGCUCCAACUCGGCCGGUAAAAAUAUUUGGUGGAUUUCCUUGUACUGCUUGGUUCGAUGUGGGAGAUUUUUCAGAAGAAGACCCUGAUGAUUUGGAGGGAUUAGAUGCUUCCGCAGCAUAUGUAGCCAACCUAUUGUCAACAGAGCCUGCUGAUGGUAGGAUUCUCCUUUAAAUUCUUGAUCGCUUUGAGCUCUCUCUUCUUUUAGUUAUAUGAAAUAAAUAUAACAGUUGAGGAGCUUAGGAUAAAGGUAGU